ACUGCACCUACAGAAAAAACGGUCUGAGUUCGUGAAAAUAACAAAUCUCGAUUGAUUUUUUAAAAGACUGUAAGAGCAAGUGACAGUUUCUCUUUGUUUAUUUUCUCUUUCGAUUAUGGUGAUGUGAUUUUAGUGAUUUUUUUUCGGUUUCACAGUUCUGUUUGAAAGUCGAAUGUUACGGGUAUCAUUUUAUGCAAAGAGUUGAGUGAUAAACGUGGAAACCUCUUGGCAAUUGAUAGAAGAGAAAGUAUAAUAGGCCUUCUGAAAAAUCAACCGAGAAAAGAAAAUUUCCUCAAAAAGUCGGGACUAAUUGAACCGACUUGGAAAAAAAGCGGUGAACUUCCAGAAUGCCGAAAUGAGUUACAAGAAUGACAGCCAAAUCCACUGUUUCCGAGCGGUAGACUCCAGUCCCAGGGCGGAAGAGGAACAGCAACACAGGCGCAUGGCAGUUGUGAUCUCCGAACAGCAGAUCUAUCGGGGCUACCUGGGAGAAGGAUUGCCGACCGAUCGAAUGAACACGUAUAUGGCGAUUCGUAACAAGAAAACCGGUAAAAUGCGUCUGAUCCAGUUGGAAGAGUGCACGAUGAUCAAUUCGUGCUUUGAUGAUAAUCGGGCCAACCUUGCCGGAGACAAGGAUUCUUCACAAACGGCUAUUCGAAAGUUUGGCGGGAAACAUGCGCUCCGAGUGCUGGAUCGAAUAGCUCGAUCCGGCAGUAAUAUCGAUGUUAUGAAUGAAUCCAUUCAAGACUCUGUACAGCAGUUCGAUGACGAGAAAUUCAUGGAAGAUAAUGAAUUUAGCAAAAACAAGUUGGAAGGAGAGCUAAUAUUGGCCAGUAUGAAACCACCCAGAAAUCCGGCGGCGAAAACUCCUGCCGAUUUAUAUCAGCUAGAGAGUAUGAUUUCUGAUCCGGUGCUGAAACAACUGAGUAGUGUUUCAUUGCAGCUGAUAGAGAAGGACCCAGAAACAUUGGAGCUAGCAAACGUGUAUCUGACAAACAAGGUAAAGGCGGCGCUUCAGUGCAAAGAACCGGACGCGGAAGAAAACAUCCGUAAAAUCGUGGUUUGCCUUGUCAUGGAUGCGCUUUGUCGGCUUCUGGGACAUCGCAUACAGUCACUGGAAAAUGUGACCCUGUCCAAAUUCAGCAAGGAACUGAACCGAGAAAUAAAGCAUAACUUUUCACAAAUCAAUCAUCACAAACAAUUGAGGACGAAGUACACCGAGCAUAAGGCGCUAACUCACUACCUGGCUUUGGCAUUCGAGCUGGAGAACUGUGUGCUGCCGGUGGAUCAAAUUCACACUGGGCUGAACAUUUCUCGGGAUGAACUGCUAAAGUUUGCGGCCUUCAUCGGAGGAACGUACAAUUCGACCAAGAACUCGUUGACGCUUCGCAUGGAUGGCGGAGAAGGCAGCUCCGGUCGAAAAUCGUUCCUAGGCAAGAGGCAUUUUGGCAGAAGAAAGUAAUCAGGGCACCUCAGAAGAAAUGAUGGGGAAAAGCUAAUAAAUUUGUUUGAAGUA